AUGUUGAAGGAACGAGAGAGUUCGGAAGAUUCCCCCGCAGCCCCUGAUGAGUGUGCAGGGUGCGGGGGACGGAUUCAGGACAGAUAUUAUCUGCUAGCAGUAGACCGGCAGUGGCAUGGCAGUUGCCUGCGGUGCUGUGAAUGUCGACUACCACUCGACACCGAGCUCACCUGCUUCUCCAGAGACGGCAAUAUCUACUGCAAAGAAGACUACUACAGACUAUUUUGCGUGAAGCGGUGCGCUCGAUGUGGGAACGGGAUCACUGCUAAUGAGCUGGUGAUGCGUGCUAGAGAUCUCGUCUAUCACCUGACCUGCUUCACUUGUGUCUCCUGUGGAACUCAGCUAUCUAAAGGAGACGUCUUCGGCAUGAGGGAUGGCCUCGUCUACUGUCGUCCCCACUACGAUAAUGCGUGCCUCGAUGACUAUUGUGAUGAGGACAUGACCAGCAUUUACAGGUGCCAAGAUCUGCAUAGUGAGGGCGAUUCUCCAUCCCAGUACUUCAAUGGAGGUCCCACUCAAAAGGGGCGACCCCGAAAGAGGAAGAUAGCUCAAGGCUCCCCAGAUGACAUGCAAGUCCAGACGAUGAGGAUGGCCAGUACAGCUCUAGAGAUACUCCACCGCGGUGACCUCUCGUCUUCAAUGGAGUCGUUGGCCUACGACUCAUCAGUUGCUUCGCCUGGUAGCGUAUCCAGUCACACACAGCGUACCAAACGGAUGCGUACCAGCUUCAAACACCACCAGUUAAGGACCAUGAAGUCCUACUUCGCAAUCAACCAAAACCCUGAUGCUAAGGAUUUGAAGCAGCUGGCUCAGAAGACUGGCCUCUCCAAACGUGUUCUGCAAGUCUGGUUCCAAAACGCCCGAGCAAAAUGGCGUCGUAACAUGAUGCGUCAGGAAUCAACCAACGGUGGUCCAGGCCACUCCAACGGGUCUAUUAUCCAAGGAGCAGUCUCCCAACCAAACCCUGGACCCAGUACCAUGCUGAUGUCAGAACCAAUGCCACCAAUGGAAGACAUGAGGGUCCACACACCACAUCCUCACCCAAUGACUUUUAACGAGCUAUAUUGA